CAUUUGUUAGUUUCGCUAGCCUAUGUUAUCAGUACUGUAUGGCAACCUUUAACAAUCACCUUCAAUAUUUGUUAAUACAAUACAAUAAAACACUAGUGCACACAAGUAUUCAGUGUUUGCAUAAAUUGUUCGCAGAAAUUCUUCAUAAUGGCAACCGUACCUUUGGUUUUGUGUCUUCUUUCGUAUUUUUUUUCACCGAGCUUUGCUGCUGUCAUUGUUCAAACCAAUAAAAAUCUUUUCGAGAACAUCGAACCAACACCGGACGCACAAUUACUUAAAGAAGACCAAACCUUCUGGUAUGGAGUAGCUGGCGACUAUUUAGAAGAAAUGAUUAAACUUGAUCAACAACCGAAGAAACACGUUGCGAAGAAUGUAGUCAUCAUGAUUGGAGAUGGCAUGGGAAUUCCGACGGUUACGGCAACCAGAAUAUACAAAGGACAAAGAAACUACGGCAAAAGCGGUGAAGAUCACAAACUUGUUUACGAAAACUUUCCUAGUGUAGCUUUAGUUAAGACUUAUAACGUGGACAUGCAAGUACCAGAUUCUGCUGGAACAGCUACCGCUCUUUUUUCAGGUGUGAAAACCCGCUACGAAGCAGUCGGUGUAGAUGUCCAAGCCCACAAAGAAGUACCGGAUUCAGAAAUUUUCGAAAAAAGCAAAAUCGAGGGUAUAAUGACUUGGGCCCAAAAUGCCAAUAAAGACACUGGUAUUAUUACUACGACGAGGAUAACCCAUGCCACUCCUGCUUCGACCUAUGCCCAUUGUCAUCAUCGCGAUUGGGAAUGUGAUAGCGAAGUUCCGCAAAAUUUUAAACCUUUCGUUAAAGAUAUUGCACGACAACUAGUAGAGGAUGCCCCAGGAAAGAAUUUCAAGGUCAUAUUAGGGGGAGGGUACCAACAACUAGGUUACAUCACUCAAGACCUCAGUGACGGUGAAUGUGUCCGAACCGAUGGCUUAAACCUAACUGAAUCGUGGAUAGCAAAACAUGAAAAUUUAAGCGCAGCCUUUGUGAGCAACAAUGAACAGUUAGCAAAUAUUGGUGACGUCGACUGUCUCCUCGGACUCUUUCAUCAUGACCACGUACCUUAUGAUCUCCUCCGUGACGAAGGUCCAAAAGGAACUCCAAGGUUAUCAGAAAUGACACUCAAAGGUCUCAACAUUCUUAAAAAAAACCCAAAUGGGUUCGUUUUGAUGAUAGAAGGAGGACGUAUUGAUCAUGGCCACCACGACAACUACGCACGACUUGCUCUCGCUGAAUCUGCAGAAUUCGAAAAAACUAUUUCUUUGGUAGUCGAAGAGACGGACUCUGAUACUUUAAUUAUAGUGACAGCUGAUCACUCGCAUUCCAUGACUAUUAACGGGUAUGGACAGAGAGGAAAUGAUAUUCUAGGUUAUGGACUUGAAACUGAGGAUGACAAACCUGCGCUAACUCUGAGUUACGCGAAUGGACCUGGUUUUGCUUAUCAUUACUCGCCGAACGUUUCUUCUAUUCUCGGGCCAUGGAUUGAUGUAAGAACAGAUGAUAUAAAUCGUCUCAACAAUCCGGAAUAUCAACAUCUGGCCACGUUUGAAGUUGAUGACGAAACCCACGGUGGUGAAGAUGUUGGUAUUUUUGCUACAGGACCAAGUUCUCACCUGAUAAGAGGAGUUAUGGAGCAGAAUUAUGUAGCACAUUUGAUUAGUUAUGCUGCUUGUAUAGGACCCAGGGCGACAGCAAACCCUUACUGUAAUAACUUUAAAAGUUCUGCAGCUAAUUAUUCAAGCCUUUGCUCAUGGGGAAUAAUCUUACUUAUUCUGGUUAUCGUUUCGCACUAAAUAUAAAACUAUCCAGUUUUUGUAAAAAUGGUUCCUAUAUUUGUCUUGAUUGAAACAAAGAAAAUUGUUACAAGAAAAAGUUUUUUUUUUCUUGUAACACUGAAUUAACGCAUUUAUUUCAAUUCAAAAAUUUCAAAUUUUCUAAAGAAGCGCGCCAUCUACACGAUCGAUGAGUUGCUUGCUUUCGAUAUUUGCGUUGAUUAGUGGUAUUUGCGUUGAUUAGUGCUAUUUGUCUUGUUGUUUCAUAACGGGUGUUCAGUUAAAAAAGUCAUCAUGUUGGCUUUGAUUUUUUGUAGACAUUGUGAAGUAUGUCUACAAUUAACCUCAAAUUUUAUCGAUGACAGCUGACAACGCGGAAAUGUCAAUUAGGUAUAUAAAGCAGUAUGAAUUAAUAAAAGAUAACCGUUUUUCCAUACGUUUUCUUUUAUCUAAAAAGCAACGCCAACUUGACGACUUUUUUAAUUUAACACCCGAUAUGUGUGAUUCCAUUGUAAUAAAUUUAUACAUAUGUGACGUUUCCCAUACCAUAAUUAUGUAUUUAGUUUAUGGAAAGAAUGUAUAUUAUUAUUAUGAUUAUACAGUGUACAACCACAGUGUACACAUUAUUUAGGGACAACUCGCUGUUUAUAGAAAGACGUUUUGAUGAGUGGUCGUUUGUCUUAAUCGUGUGAGGGCAUCCGAAAUAUUUGACAAAUUCGUUUUUUUGUUUUGCCGGUUUUGCUUGUUUAAAUGCUGCUCUUCCCACGAAAUUAUACAGAAUAAAAAUGACAAAAUCUA